AUGAGCAAUGGAAAUGGAACAUUUCAACCUCAAGUUGUUUAUGCUACUGGUGAAUUGCCAAUCUCGGUUUCGGUUGGAGAUCUUAAUGAGGAUACAAACAUCGAUAUCGUUGUUACUAAUUAUAACAUGAACUUCGUCAGCAUAUUUCUCGGUUAUAGUAAUGGAAGUUUUGACGAUGGACUACGAUUGUACACUGAUUGGUGGCCAACGUCAGCCACGAUCAGUGACUUCAAUAACGAUGGUCAAUUGGAUAUCGCUGUUGUGAAUGAAGGUAACCGAACAUUGAACGUUUUUUUAAAUAAUUGCUGA